AUGGAAGCUAGGAAGUUGUUCAUCCUUCUCCACCUCCUACUUCAUUUAGCUCAUUUUUAUUCUGUUGCAGUAAGUUCUAACAUCAUCCGUUGCCCUGAAACUGAAAAAGAUGCACUUCUUAAGUUCAAACAAGGAAUCACAAAUCCUUCAAACCUGCUUUCCUCAUGGACUACUGAACAAGAUUGCUGCAAAUGGGAGGGCGUUGAAUGCGACAACACAACCGGGCAUGUCACUACUCUUGAUCUUCACGGCAGAAGUAAAGCAAACUCCUUGCAAGGUGAGCUAAGAAAUUCAUUGCUUCAUUUGCCAUAUUUGAGACAUCUAGACCUUAGCCACAAUGAUUUUCACUAUAUCCAAAUUCCCGAUUUCAUUGGCUCUUUCAAAAACUUAGAGUACUUGAAUCUUUUAAGUGCUAACUUCAGAGGGAUAGUGCCUGAUAAUCUUGGAAAUCUUUCGCACCUUCAGUACCUUGAUCUGAGUGGUUCUGGUGGCAAUCUAAGAGUAAACAACCAUGACUGGCCAACUAUCCUCUCCCAAGGUUCAAUUCCAGAGACUUUCCAGACCAUGACCUCACUCACAGUACUUGAUCUCUCAGAAAACAAUCUCAGAGGCGAGUUACCGUCUGCACUGCCAUCACUUUUGAAAGAAGUGCGCUUCUCUGGUAACCGCCUAAAUGGUCCUUUAGCCAAAAACAUCAUGCACCUUAAGCAUCUAGUAGUUUUGGAUGUUGCUCGGAAUUCUUUGAACGACACACUUACUCAAGGGUCACUCAACUUCAGUGAUUUGAAGGAAUUGGAUUUAUCUGAUAACUCAAUUGUCCUGAAGAUGAGCCAAAGUUGGAUUCCCUCUUUCCAACUUGAUGUUAUAGCCCUACGAUCUUGUCAACUAGGGCAUCUCUUCCCGAGUUGGCUAAGGACCCAGAAAACAUUCUCCUUCAUUGAUAUCUCUCGUUCUGGGAUUUCAGACAAGGUACCUGACUGGUUUUGGGACCUCUCUCCUGCAAUGGACCACAUGGAUCUUUCUUCGAACCAACUUAGAGGUGAAGUGCCAGAUUUGUCAAGAUUAAGUCUUUCGGAAGUAGACUUGAGUGGCAACAAUUUCCAAGGUCCUGUGCCACAUUUUUCCUCAAUGAUGAAAGUUUUUAUUCUAACAAGUAAUUCUUUCAGUGGCACUGUUUCCCCUGUAUGUGAAUCGCUGGAUUAUAAUAAUUCUCUAAGGCUCCUAUAUUUAUCAUCAAACAAUCUAUCAGGACCACUCCCUGACUGCUGGGUAAAUGGGACGGAGCUGAUUGUCUUGAAUUUGGGUAGUAACUUCCUCUUUGGAGAAAUACCUCAAUCACUUGGAAAUCUGCUUAAUCUCAAGAAGUUAGAAUUGGAUCACAACAAUUUCUUGGGAGAUCUGCAUUCAUCAUUGCAGAACUUGAGAAGGUUGACUGUUUUUCAUGUUGGUUCAAAUAAUCUAACUGGAAAUAUACCAAUAUGGAUUGGGGAAUGCUCAGAACUAAUAGUUCUUAGUUUACAGAGAAACCAGUUUAGUGGAGCCAUCCCUCCUCAACUUUGCAGACUCGAGUACCUAAUGGUUUUGGACCUUAGUAGCAAUGCAUUGACAGGAACAAUUCCAAGGUGUGUCAAUAAUUUUGUCAUUAUGGCUGGGGUUGAAGGCGUCCCCCCCUUCUUUUUUGAUCGAUAUACACCAUAUGAGAAGGAUGUAAUAAUUAAAAUUUUUUGUGAAUAUUACAAGUAUGAAUCUACACUCGCCUUCUUUUCAAUGAUUGAUCUAGCUGGGAACUUUCUUUCAGGUGAGAUUCCAGGGGAACUUGCCAGUCUUGUUCAGUUGAGAGCAUUGAAUUUGUCGGAAAACAAUCUAACAGGACCUAUUCCUCCCGGCAUCAGUGACCUGAGCAUUUUGGAAGUUCUUGAUUUGUCCAGGAAUAACCUUUCUUGCUCCAUUCCACCAAGCAUGGCAGAUCAUUUAUCCCACCUUGCAAUUCUCAACCUCUCCUACAACCAUUUGUCGGGAGAAAUUCCCAAAGGCCAACAAUUUAACACAUUUGACAACUCUUCCUACAUAGGAAAUAGAUACUUGUGCGGCCCACCUCUUACAACAGAAUGCUCCACACCUUUACCUGAAGACCCUCACUGCAUGAAUCAUAACGAUCCCAAAACCCAACAUCACGCAAGUGAUUGGCUAGAUGGAGCAGCCUCGUUCUUCAUUAGCAUGGGGGCUGGAUUCAUCCUAGGAUUCUGGGCAUUCUGGGGAAGUCUGCUGCUGUCCAAAUCCUGGAGAUAUGCCUAUUUCCGGUUUCUGGAUAAUACGGCCGACAACAUUUAUGUGUUCAUUGCCAUUAAGCUGAGAAACUGGAAGGAGAGGAAGCAG